GAUAGGGACCUCCGGAGGCUCAGUGCUCGCGGAACCACCACCCCGUCGAAGCGAUCUCACCGUGCGGAACACCUUUUCGUCGGGACACAGCUCGAUGUUCUCGUGAAAACCGAAAAUUACCAAAAUUCUCCCUCAGUUCGUUCUCGUGGUGCGCACUAUCCUGAUUCCACGGAGGCUCUCCGACAACCCUCACAGCAAUCAUGAUCACGGCGUUGCCAGUGCCCUCGGUGAAAGUCUUCCACAAAACUUACUACCAGGAAAAGGGGUCCAGAGUGACGAGCAGUCAACCUGGCAGUCCGCUGACGGAGAGCGAGGCGGUGCUGGCGUUGCUGGACAAUGAACCGCCGGAAUACUACUUCUGUGGCAAGGUAAACGCGUUGCACGUGGUGGUCGGCUCCCUCCUCCUAGGCGCCGUGGUCCUAGUAGUGGGCCUGGUGCAGCUGGCGCCAGGCGCGGAAGCGGCGCAGAACUCCACGUCCCUGAUCGUAGCAGGCUGCAUUCUAUUGUCGGUAGGCGUGUUCCUAGCGACAAUUAGAGCCUUGUGUAUCAAGAGGCAGAAAUCCGGUCACAAGGACGAGACCCACCAGCGAAGCGUCACCAGUAUAGACAUGCUGUUGGCGCAGCACAGAGACUUCACCGUGUUGACGCCGGACGAGUUGGAGGACCUGGUCGGCCGGUCGACCUCCGCUCUGGAGAGCAAAAUCCGCAAGCAGGGCCACAACACCUAGGUGUUGUCGGCCUCGAGGAAGGCCCAUCCGUCAUCGCCGCCGUGCUCGAACACACCGUCAUCGUCGACGUCGCCAGGGACUAGCUCAUCCAUCCUCUACACGCAUCGUUACGACUCUCGUGAACACAGUCUGGUUUAAAACAAAAACAAACAAAACGAAAAAAGGGGGCCGGCCGCGUGUCAGCCUCGUUUCUUAGGGACUACUUCAGUCGUCGUCGUCGCCGCCGCCAUGCACGAGCAGCAGUUUUCAUACUUAA